AGGAUUCUCAGUGUACUUCCUGUCUUUCCAGUAAAACUACAACUCCCAGAGGCACUUGCGGCACGCACGCGCAGUUCCGUCCCAUUGAGUAUGGCUACGGUGCUGUCCAGAGCCCUGAAGCUGCCAGGGAAGAAGUCUCAUGACCCCAGGGAAUAUGACCCCCUUACUCAGGCAGAUAGUGAUGAGAGUGAAGAUGACCUUGUUAUUAACAUCCAGCAAAAUGGAGUUCAGAACGGAAAGGGCACUCGUGGGGCAUCUCAGGAUCAUGACUCCGACGUUGAACGAAGGUCAAAGAGAGUCCAGCAACGUCCAGUAGAUAAUAAACAGGAUGGGCUAUAUGCCACAGGAGCCCUGGAACCAGGACUAAAGCCACCAUCCUCUUUGUUGUCCUAUGUCCGGACAACAGUCUUUAUUCUGACAGUUGUCGUCUCAAUGGUAAUGGUUCUUAUUUGUGCGUUCCUCAUCCCUUGUCCUAUGAAUGGUCAGCGCAACAUGUGGACACUUCAUGUGGGUUAUGACACAGAAUUUUCUUCACCUCUGGAGCUGUUUGAUGUCAAUAAGGAUGGUGUACCAGAUAUACUGCUGACAUUCCUGUCUUCCAGAGCCACUGCUACACAGGAUGUCGUGAAGCAGACCCAUUUUCUCUCCGUUCUCUCUGGUAAUAGCGGGAGCGUCUUGUGGAGCCGGCACACCCAGGAGUAUCUCCGGAGUAUUCAGUGUGGCCGACUGCUUAUAAAGCCUGAACUAAACGAAACGUGUCUCCUGACUGGAACGUACAAGCUGUUGAGCCUGAUCUCUGCAUCUACAGGGGAAUCUUUAUGGACCAUGAGCCUAAACCAUGUGUCAAGCGGAACAGUAGCGGCUCCUGCUGUAAUUCUGCCAGAUCUGGAUGAUGACUUUGCAAAUGACGUGCUGGUUCUUACCAUUGGGGAAAGUCAGCCAGAUCUCGGGUUCCUUUUGGUGUCAGGCCGCACUGGGAAACCUAUGGGUGAAAUAGUAAAGUACAGCAUCAUGGGAGAAGGAAAACUUUUAGGACCACAGGCCUACUACACAAGCCAGGGGGCCAUUUAUAUUCUUUUUGGCUUUGGGAACAUCCAGGCUGUUGCAUUGAGGGAUAUAUAUGCCCAGGCUAAAAGUGGAGGCAAUUUUCCAAGCAUCCUUCAGAGAAUUGAUCCAGAUUGGGAGAAGAGGAGAUCUGUCAAUCACUCGAAACUGAUCAAUGUGUACAGCGCUGGAGUGGAGUUUCUUCAAACGGUUCCAGUCUAUCUCAGUAACUUCAGUGAUUUACUGGUCACAAGUAAGGAGGCUGUGACUCUUGUGAAGGGACAAGACCUGGAGCAGAGAUGGAGCAUCAAUCUGAACAAUGUCUACAGCCACCCACAGCCUGGUUACUUUAACAGUGAUGGACACUUGGAUUUCUUCAUACAGAUUCAGAGCAAUGCCACUGAGAAAAAGAUGAUUAUUGUUGAUGGACCCUCGAGUCAAUCACUGUGGGAGUGCGAGAUUCCGUGGCAUGAAGAUGAAAAAGAAACUGAGGCGAUCUCACUUCUUACUGCCGAUGGAAAAUCGGUGUUCCUGUUUUGGGGUGAAGACAUGGUUCCGGGUAACAGCUCUCACAUGGCUUAUAGAAAAUCAGACAGCCCAUGGAUGAGACAUCUUUAUUUGCUGUCUCCUACCUAUCCAGGAGUUGUCCUGGACCUCUUCAAUGUAUCUUCAAGUAUUGUUGCAUUUGCUGCGGGGAUCAGAGAGUUGGAGAAGGAUGCCCUCCUUGCUAUCGUGACUGCAGAGCAGGAGCAGAGCACAUCAGGCAACAUGUCCCGAAAUCUGACUAUAAGCAAAGUGGGCAUGAGGUGGGCUCUGUCCAGCAGCCGAGCUCUGUCUCUGAGAGGGGCAAAUGUAAGGCCCAAAGUAGAAGAUAUAAAAAAAAUUCUUAGUAGGUUGAAGUUCACUUCACUUCCUCAAUGGGUAUCUUAAUCGUGAAAGGUCAAGACUCCUCCAGAUGUGUAAGGAAGUGGUUUCUAUAUCUUACUGCAGAAGCACAAGUCACAAGAAAGACCUGGAAAUCGGGAGUGAUCAUACUGUCGUUUGUUUUCUUGUGUAUCAGUAUACCUGUGCUGUGUUGCAGUGUUUCAGUAUUGUGUGGUCCUUCGCCUUCACACUUACACAUUACCACUACUAAGUACUCCAGUAUAUAAGUACAUUCUUGCAUACUGGAAAUGCUGUGGAUUUGCUCAUGAAAAUCCACAGCAGAUUACAGUACCAGGCAUGUGUAUGAGAUUUGAACAAAUUUUAUCCAUACACAAUGACAUUUUUCCACACACAAAUUGUGGAAUUGUGCAUUUUUAGAUGCCGCUGAAGAUUUCCCUAAUAGAAACUUUGACAUUUUGCAUUCUGAUACCUGAAGAUUUUUUUAAAACUAUGAAUCAGCAUGCCAAUGAAUAGAUUAAAACUAGAUUGGACUGCAUGACCGUGUGCAGUCCAAGAAACAGGUCCCAUGUGGUGGCUGCAUCUCCUGGACCACUAGCGGCUCUGAUCUGAACUCACUGCACCCUAGUGAUUUAUGAUGCAGAGAGUUCCUAUUUGAAGUGUACUGACCGGAUCAUGUGAGCACAGUACAAUACACAUGGUCAGUUCAGGUCAGAGCCGCCAGUCCAGGAGAUGCAGCCACAAGGGUGGUGUACAUGCAGGCUUUGAAUAUUUGAUAUGUAAUGUAUCCUGUUACUGUAAAUGGGAAGGUCUAAGUAACACUACACUGCUGCAAAUUUAACAGAAAAACUAGUCUUUGGAA